AUGGGGAAGGUGCAGCUGUUCGAGAUCCGACUGGGCGAGAGCCGCGUCGUCUACAGCCCCGGCGAGCCGCUGGCCGGCACCGUCACCGUGCGCCUCUCGGGCUCGCUGCAGUACCGAGCCAUCAAGGUGAGCUGCGUUGGAUCCUGUGGGGUGUCUAGCAAGAUCAAUGACACAGCAUGGACUGUGGAGGAGCAGUACUUCAACAGCACACUGUCUCUGGCAGACAAAGGGGUCCUGACAGCUGGAGAGCACAACUUUCCCUUCCAGUUCCUGCUGCCAGCCUCUGCUCCUACAUCAUUUGAAGGCCCUUUUGGCAAGGUCCUCCAUCAGGUGAAAGCUGUGAUAGACACACCUCGCUUCUCCAAGGACUACAAGUGCAACAAGAUCUUCUACGUUCUCUGCCCUCUCAACUUGAAUGACAUCCCUGACAUCGAGCAGCCCAACACUAUGUCAAUCACAAAGAAGUUCAACUACAAGCUUGUGAAAAGUGGCAACAUUAUCUUGACCGCCACCUCGGAUCUGAAAGGGUACAUCGUGGGGCAAGCAAUCCAGCUCCGCACGGACAUAGAGAACAAAUCGGGCCGGGACACCGGGGCUGUGGUAGCCAGUCUGCUCCAGAAAGUGGCUUAUAAAUCCAAGCGCUGGAUUUACGACCUGAGGACCAUUGCGGAGGUGGAAGGCUCAGGAGUGAAAGCCUGGAAACACGCAGAAUGGAAGGAGCAGAUCCUCGUUCCGGCACUGCCUCAGUCCAUUCUGCAGGGCUGUAGCCUCAUACAUAUCGACUACUACAUCCAAGUUUCCCUCAAAUCUCCAGAGGUUUCAGUCACUCUCCCCAUUUAUAUUGGUAACAUUGCUGUGAACAGGGUGCCUCUGAGCCCCUCCCGGUCCAUCCAGCACAUACCGUCUGCAGUGGUACCCAGUGCCCCCCCGGAGGAAGAGGAGGCUGCCAGCGGUUAUCACCCGAUGGACAAUGUCUCAAUCCCCACCAAAAGCCAUUCCCAGCAGCAGCCAUUUAGCUACGCCCCAGGACUGAGCUUCCAGGAGAUAAGGGUGGACUCGGAGCAGACGGGCUCCCCAAACCAUCCCACGCUCUGCCUGUCGACGGGAGCCACUGUCCCUUACUACGCUGAGGGGAACGUGGUGCCCGUCCCCACGGCCAGCUCUCUCAUUUUGCCUCCGGAGUACAGCACGUGGGGCUACCCAUAUGAGGCGCCUCCAUCCUAUGAGCAGAGCUGCAGCAGUGCCAACUCCAGCAUCAGCAAUGGCAACUAGCCUCCCCUGCUUCGAGUCCCGCUGGCGCUGCCCACCCCCAGGCGCCACAGUUCACCUGCCUACUGCAAAGUCUGGUACAGCACAAGGCGUCUUUUUAUCUCUCUGGCUGCUUGGUGGGGUAAAUGGCACAUCCUGGCCUGGGCUUUUUAAAUCUCUUUCUAGGGAGGGGGGGAAAAACCCAAAAAGGGCAGCCAGAGCAGCCUGCGUGUGUGUAGGAGAGGUCUGGGAAACUGAACCAUCUCCUUCUGCUGCACCAAGUGCUGGAGAACUGGUUUUACCCCAGGGAUGCCCUCUGCAGCAGCCUGUGUUUAAAGUACUGUAGUCAACACUAACUGCUUUACUAUCGAAGCACCUGCGAUGCCUUAUCUGAAAUGCUCCUGACUUGGCAUGCCUCCACUGUAGGUGAAGGCUGGGCUGUGUGGACUUUCUCUUCUCUUUUAGGGGCCAUGUGCUCUCCAGAAAUGUUUUGACAGCCCUUUCUCCUUGUCCUCGUAGGUCCUAAGGGUAGCUGAAACAGGAGGUUGCUUGGAUUAAGCAGGUUCGGAAGGUCAGGGACCCUUAAAAAGCCAAAAGCACAAGCCCUCACUGUACCUGUGUUUUGGGGUGAGUGACUGGCAGCCUUUGGUCCUCUCGCAGUGGACUGCACCACUGCCUGCAUGCAGUGAGAGGAGAGCAGGCUCUGGCAGCGGGGAGCUCACUGGGGCACUUGUUCAUAACGCAAGAGGCUCUGGUGAGCUGUGGAGGGAGAGCCCGGUGUUACCGUGGGGUACCCCCCAGCCAGCUUCUGGCCUUUUGCAGCAAGGGCGACUUUUCUCUGAAAAUCCCUGUAGGAGACAGUCCGUCCUUGCUCACUGCUGGAUCGCAGCGCCCAGGAUGAACAGCGCUAGUCAGUCUGCAAGUGAGGGGACCAGAUCCCUGUGUCCCAUCUCCCACCCCUGCAGGGUGCCCUCUCCAUCCCAGCCGGCGCUGCCUUUGGCAGGCCAGAAUUACAUGACAAUCAAGUUACAAAAGUCUGUCCAAUGCUACCUCUGAGUCUGCCCAAGGGCCCUGUCUGUGGAAGCCCUUCCCUCUGGGACAACCCUCCCUCGAGGCUCAGCCUGGCGUCUCUCGCAGGAGCGGUCGACACUGCCAAGC